AUGAGUAAAAACUCGAAUGUUGUGGUUCUCAUGAAUCAUCAUGACUCGUUUCGGAGGAGAAGGAUCGGUUAUAUGGAAAUUUCCUCCUAUUCCAUGUUGUUGAUGUCCUUGUAUUUUUAUUAUAAUAUUUAUAUUCAUAACGAUGGACUAUCUGUCGAGGGAUCGGAAUUACAACCAUCAACAACUUUAUCUGCAAAUCCAUCAUCAUCACCAAUUUCUAAUUAUAAUAUUGCAGAUUUCUUGCUAGACGUGGGUAUGGUGUUUGGUCCAACCAUAGGUUAUAUUGACCAAAUCCGAAUUAUGAUCCGAGAUAAAACAUCUAACGGAUUUUCGAGGCUGUCCUGUCUCAUUCUUCUCAGCUCCUCAUUGUUGAGAGUGUACUUUUGGUAUUUGAAACAAUUCUCAAUUGUUAUGCUUUUUCAAUCCCUUGUAAUGAUUGUAUGUCAGUCAAUACUCUUAUUUGUGGCAGUGCAUUAUGGAAAAGAAGAGAAAAAAGCUGAGGAAAAAAACGCCAAUCGUGACACAAGCAACUUAUUGGUGGAGCCUGAAAAUCCAAAUGACUUUACAUAUCUCAUCAAGAUUGACAGAAACAGGUUUUUAGAGGAGUUUUGGCAAUGGGAUGAACCAGCAUAUUAUGUUUGGACAGUUCUAUUCUUCAUGAUGUGUGUUGGAGUUAUAUCCCUAUUUUUCUAUCCAAUUUUUCCAGUCGCAUAUACUGAGCUACUCGGAUUAUUAUCUGUGAUGAUAGAAGCAUCAUUAGCUAUUCCUCAAGUGUUUACCAAUUUCAAAAGAGGCUCCGUUGAAGGGCUCUCCCUAAUACUUGUGGCCACAUUUGUGAUUGGAGACACUCUGAAAACAGCUUAUUUCGUGGCUAAACAGCUUCCUUAUCAAUUUGUGAUUUGUGGAGCAUUCCAAUUAUUUGUAGAUAUGAUCAUGGUCAUUCAAAUUAUUUAUUACAACCUCAUUUCAUCAAGAAAUAAUAUGAUAGAAUUAUCAUCCAAUGAAUCUCACCAUGAGGUUUCAGAAUCAUCGGCUAUAAUAUCAGAAGCAACAACUUCAGAUCAUGAAGAGGAUGAGACAGACUUGGAACAAGGUGCAUCAGACAAAGUCGUUGGCACAUCAAAUGAGACAAAGGGUGAAUCUGAGAUUAACGCGUCUCCUCAGUCAAUUGAACUCAAAUCAGCAGACAAUUAA